UCUGUGGUCCAGACUGUGCAAACUCUCCCCUCUCUGGAUGCUUUGGAGCUGGGUGGGCAACUGAGCGUGGCUAGCCAUCAGCAGACCUCUGGUGUUUUCAGCUUCGAACAUUAUCCACUGACAGUUGCCAAUGUUAUUGGAUGGAGCACUUGUGACACAACCAACGUUUUCUUCUGUUGAUUCACUUUAAACUACCAAAGUGGAGAUCUGGUCCUGGUCCAUGUAUAUUGCACUGACCUCAUCUCCCCCAGAAAUGAAUGCCAACAGUAUGCCGAAACAAGUGGAGGUGAGAAUGCACGAAAGCCACCUGGAGCCUAUUGAGGCAAGGCCCCGGUCCAAAUGUGCCCAAAUCUGCUCCAAAAUGUUCAAGAACCUCCUGCUCACGCUCACAGUCCUUGGUGUGAUCCUGGGAGCUGUAGCAGGGAUGUUGCUGCGUGUUGCUUCUCCAAUUCACCCAGAUAUCAUCAUGGUGAUUGCCUUUCCUGGAGAUAUCCUGAUGAGAAUGCUGAAGAUGUUGAUCCUGCCUCUCAUUAUCUCCAGUUUAAUCACAGGUCUGUCUGGUCUGGAUGCCAAAUCUAGCGGUCGCCUGGGCACCAGAGCUAUGGUUUACUACAUGUCCACCACUGUUAUUGCUGCUGUCCUGGGUGUCAUCCUGGUGCUACUCAUCCACCCCGGCAACCCCAAGCUGAAGGAAAAUCUAGGCGAGGGCGAGAAAAAUGAUGAUGUGUCUAGCUUGGAUGCCUUCUUCGAUCUGAUUAGGAAUCUUUUCCCAGAGAACCUGGUGCAGGCCUGUUUCCAACAGAUCCAAACAGUCACAAAGAAAAUUGAGGUGGUUGUUGAGGAGGAUGUCAAUGUCACCACUGUGGAGGGCCUGGUGGCUAACAUUACCAAGGAGCCUCAGUACAUCAUCAAAAAGUCACUUCAGUUUAAAAGUGGCAUGAAUGUUUUGGGUGUGAUUGGUUUCUUUAUUGCAUUUGGCAUCUGCAUGGGCAAGAUGGGAGAGAAGGCCAGACUCAUGAUUGAUUUCUUCAACAUCCUCAAUGAGAUUGUGAUGAAACUUGUCAUCAUGAUUAUGUGGUACUCUCCCUUUGGUAUUGCCUGCCUGAUUUGUGGUAAGAUCAUCUCCAUCAAGGACUUGGAGGUGGUAGCCAGGCAGCUUGGCAUGUACAUGGUGACUGUGAUUAUUGGUCUCAUCAUCCACGGAGCGAUCUUCCUGCCCAGCAUUUACUUUGCCAUCACAAGAAAAAACCCCUUCACCUUUUUCUUGGGAAUCUUCCAGGCCUGGAUCACUGCUCUGGGAACAGCUUCCAGUGCUGGUACACUGCCUGUCACCUUCCGCUGCCUGGAGGAGAAUUUGGGCAUUGACAAAAGAGUCACUCGUUUUGUGCUCCCAGUAGGUGCCACCAUCAAUAUGGAUGGAACUGCUUUGUAUGAGGCUGUGGCGGCCAUUUUUAUUGCCCAGAUGAAUGGUGUGCAUCUUGACCCUGGCCAGAUUGUCACAGUCAGUCUGACAGCAACCCUGGCCAGUGUCGGAGCAGCCAGUAUUCCUAGUGCCGGCCUGGUGACUAUGCUGUUGAUUCUUACUGCUGUUGGCUUACCAACCCAGGAUAUCAGUUUGCUCGUUGCUGUUGACUGGCUGUUGGAUCGAUUCAGGACCUCAGUAAAUGUGGUGGGCGACUCCUAUGGUGCAGGGAUUGUGUACCAUCUGUCUAAAGCUGAGCUGGAUGAGCUGGAUGCGCACAUGGCUAAAUCGGACGACAUCGAAAUGAUGACAAAGACCCAGUCCUAUUAUGACGACAUGAAGAACCACCACGAAAACAAUUCCAACCAGUGCGUCUUAACCACAACUGCUUCCACAGCUGCUAAUGCCAAUGCUAACAGUUCUAUCUUUGUAGAUGAGUGCAAGGUAACCUCAGCCGCAAAUGGUUCUGCUGCAGAGUGCACACUUGUUGAGGAGGAACCAUGGAAACAUGAAUAAUGGCAACGCAGAGAUCCCCCUGCUUCUGGGCUCCACGAGCUUUCCUAUCUGGUGAUAAAACAAGAAGAGUGAAUGAAAAGUCACAUGAACAGAACUACUAAUGGUUUUUUAUGUAGAUUUAUUUUUUUUUAUUAUUAGUCCCUUUAAGAGGUUUUUUGUAUUUUUUGUCUAUCUGACUGAUAUGUUAUACUAAUUCACUUAACCGUGAACUGAUAACGGAGUUAUACCUCACCUGUUAGAGCACAGUCAUAUCCUGUAUGGCAGAUACUUGCACAACAUACUUCAAGGCUUGGGGAGGGAAGGAAGAGAGAACAAGUAGUAAAAAAUGUUUUUUUAGUCAUACAUUUCAGUUGUAUGUUUAUAUGAAAAAGCAACAAAGUGGUGGUAUAACACAUAUGCACUGAGGUCAUCUUCCAUAUUUCAUGAAGUUGGCUCCUAUUUCUAAGAGGAUGGGUGGGAAUCACACCAUUAAUUCAGACAACUGAUGUUGUCUGUAUUAAAUAUCCUAUCUAUACACCUUUAUAAAAUAAUUUUUAUAAUACAUCUAUUUGCAAUAACCAUCCCAGAUGUCUAGCAAAUUGAUCAAAAGAAAACCACUCUGAGCCUCUUCAUAUUCAAGUAUUAUCACAUAGAACACAUUAUUCCAUGGAGCCAGUAUUUGUUUCCCCUAUUUUCUUUUUUUUUUUUUGUCUUCUGUGAAGAAAAUUUCUUCUUUCACAUGUUGAGAAAGAUUUUAAAAUUAAUUUAUUUGUGUGAAAACCUGACCAAGUCAACUAUAGGGACCAAACAGGCUUAAAAUCCAUCAGCUCAUAGAAGCAUUUUCUCUGCCUCUUUGUGUGUUUGCAACAUAUUGUCACAUUUUUGUCCAUUAUGAUACAACUAAAAUCCCCGUUUUAAAAAUGCACUUUGCCCUUUUUUCCCCAAAGUAACUUUAUGAUGCCAAUGAAAUUAAAAGCAAUUCUGUUAAAAAAAUUAUAAAAUACAUGGCACCCUCAAUGAAAUAUAGGUACAUAUGGAGCACAAAUAAUGCCAAAAUGCCAACAAGGUUAAUUUCUAGUUAUCUUAGUGUUAUCUUUUUAUACCAUUAGUCCAUAUAAAAACUGAUUUACAGCUAGAAACAACAGAUACUCAGGCCAUUUAUGUUUACAAUUUUACAGGAAAAGUAAACCUUGUCCUGUAACGUUAAAUUGUUUACCCUGAAGGAAGUGGCUUCCUAUUAGCACAAUUAUCCAAUGCUUUGUCUGUAAACAAUUGUUUACCUUGAACGUUAUACUGAAAGAAAUAUAACUAUAUAGUGGAAAGUAAGGAUUUCCAGCACCCGAAAUAAGCACAGACAUUCACAUAGUUUUUAAGCUACAUUCCAGCGGUUGUAUCUGCUUGUUACUGUACCUGAAAGCACAGUCAACUCUAAAACACCCUUGGAGCACACUAGGUGAAGCAACAACAACAAUUCACAAUUGCAACACUCUUCCAAGAUGCUUCCUGUAGUGCGAUUCUGAAAAUGUAAUCAUUUUCUUGCCAUCAGAGCUCAAGACUGUUUCUACCUUCCCUAUAUGCUGCAACUGUGUCUUGUGUCAAUCAGAAGACAUUUUAGGAGAACCAGAACAGAAACGAGACAAACACAGUAUUGUUUGUUAAGUCAAGAUGAUUCCAACUAUCAGGUCAUAUUAAGAACAUCUGCCUCUAUUUAACUUACAAAGAUGGCAAAUGGGUAAACAAAGCAGAGGAAACUGGAUGCCAACCUUUGUUAAAGGGAUAGUUCAGGAUGUUUAAGUGAUCAUCUGCUAAAUCAUAAUGAGCAGUUAAUAUCUUAACUCUCUUGGCAUCUUUAUUUAGUAGAAAUCUGAAUGAGGUAUUCCUGACGGCUGAAGCUAUCGACUGGUCCAAAAGAGCCAAAGACCAAAAUAUACUUCGUCCUUCUUAAAAAAACUCCAUUCUCAUAAAAACUGUAAAGCAGUUUUGGAAACACCAUUUAAUGAACUUUUAAACUGACAAAAUUUUUGCAAUGAGGGGUUAUUUAUAAAAAAGACAAUGAUUAUUUACACAAGAAAUGGAGGUCGAAGGCAGGAAGCUGCCUUCCUGUGUAAAACACAUACUUAGAAUGGAACGACUGAAGUAUUUAUUGUCAGAGUAACCACCUGGUUAUUUUCUGCUGUAUUUGCACCUCCCAUUUAUAUUUAAGCUGGGUUUUUGAUGAGAGUAUUUUUUUAAAUGGUUAUAAAGAUGGAGAAUUAGGAAACUUCAUGGUGUUUAACGAGUUAUAAGACUAUUCAGAGAUAAUUAACAGCGAUGACUUUGCCACUGUUCAUAGAUGCUUUCUGUGCUAGAAACCACAAGAAAAAUGUUUUUCCCCACACAGUCUUACUUUGUCAUGACUAUUUCUGUUGAACUUCAAAAAUGACCUAAAGUAGCUAACAACUGAAAGGGAUAGCUAAACAGUCUCAGAAGCAAAAAAAAAAAAAACAAUUUAAAAGUAUUUUUGUCUUUUUAACAACAUUUUUGGGACAAUGCUGUGUAAAUAAUCAUCAGCUUUUGUAAGAAUAACUGCAGAAAGCAAACAUAACAAUGGUUAAAAAAUACACAAAAUAGCAUUUGCAUGAAGCACUUUUGGCCCAUGUCAGAAUAUCCAUUAGUUUCAGCCUCUCAGGACCUGAAUCCUGAACCUUCCCUUUACUCUGUGUGAGUGAGCAGUGAGAACUCUGGAUCCUUCUCUCCUCUUUAGUCUCUUUUCAUUUGUACUGAAUGACGACAAUGCCUUGAAGGUGUUUAAAUCAAAUGUCAUUUACAGUAACAAUAGAAAAUUUAACAGAGCACUUGGUACCACACUCUGUCCUUAAGUUCUUGAAGAGCACUCUCAGUAUACACCUUAUAAAAAUUAACCAAACAUAAGUGAAGCACACUUUCGAACAACAAUGUGUACAAUUGGUGUUCUGCUCAAUAUAAUAAAGGACUGAUGCAUGCUCAGACUAAAACAAAAAACACUCAAACACUCAUUAAACUGCCCAGGUUUUUAUUCCUGAAUCACACAAAUAUAUUAACACUUAAAUCUUAAAGGUCAGUCAAGUUUUAACUGCACUGGCUGAGCUGCAGAGCACAGAACUGACAUAUUUACAGACACUUUAAGCCUUAUCUUUAGACGUUGUGGUCUUCAGGAAAUAAAUAUGAAAAAAUCUGUCCAGUGAGGAGAUAAUGCAGACCAUAUUGUUAGUAAAAGGAGCUGAGUGUUGAAUGACUAUGUUCAAACUCACGGUUGUAGAUGCAUGAAUUAAAUAAAAAUGCUAAUUUUUUUUGCACCACUUUAUUAAAAACAUGAUAUUUUGAAGUGCCCCCAUGCACUUUUGUGUAUAUAUUGUAGUUAACAGAUUUUGUUUUUCCUUUUAUUGAUAUUUUUAUUUCUUUUGAAAUGCUAUGUAGAAAUAAAGUUUCAUUCCUGUGACUCUUUGAAAUGUAAUCACCUAGAGGAGGAAAUUUAAGUCAUUUGUGUUUAUUAGAAUAGACAAAAUGUAUAGAGGAAAUGGUGUAAUAAAUUGCCCUGUUUAUUUUUAUUUUCUAAUUGCUGUUAACUAGCUGUUUAACAUACAUGCCACAUACACAAUAUAUAAAGAUUUUUUUUUUUUUUUGUAUCUAAUGUAAGCGUUUUGAAUGUUUGCUCCAUAAAGAUUUAAGCAGUGUGAAUUCAUUUUCAUUGUACAUACAUGGAUAUAAUUGUUCUGUUCAGUGGUGAUGCAGAGGUUUAUUAAAGUUGUAGUAAUUCUGAAUCAAAUGCUGUUUGCAUGAAAAGAGAAAGGUGAAAAAGAAGAGAGAAAAAGAAAGAUAAAAACAGAAGGAUUUUUGUUUUAAAAGGAGGCCAAUCUCACUUAUUUAGGGUAAAAUGAUGCAGAGAGAGAUAAGUCAUAGCCAAGAAGUUAAUUAGCAAGAUCUGUGCUAUACCUAUGCCUGCUACAGUAAAGAGCAACAAUCCUCAGGUGAAUUAUCUGAAACAUUUUUGAAGGAAAAAUGCUGUCUCUUUUAGUCUCAGGCAUCCUUGUUCAGCUGAUUCGUUUAAAGCUGCAAGACAUAAAUUUCUAGAUUAUUUAGAGUGUAUGUCUGCAUUCAGUAUGGCACAUCUGCACACAUUUCACCUCUGUUGCACAAUUAGUGUUAGUGAUGUUUAAAGGGAUCGCCCUUUGCUUUUUGCAAUUUACCCUGAAAAAGUAUGCACACAGACCUGAAGCCUGCUCUGUUAAUAGUUACUAAAUAGACACAAAAUAGCUGACACAAUAAAAAGCAAGAAUACCUUUAAACUUGUCCUUCUGUAAAACGAUAAUGUGUUUCAUCUCUUCCCUAAAUGAGUUGUGGCCUGCCCUCAUUGUAAACAUGUAAUAUCAAUGUAAUGGAAAGAGAGUAUGUGUGGGGGAAAUCAAUUGGAUUAAAAAAAGAAUGAAGCAUUAUUUACUCAGUAUUUGGUCAAUAUAAAAACAAAAGAAAAUCUGUUUCUACAUAUCGACAAGUGUUGUACCUUUGGUGUACAUAUACAAAUAUAACUAAUAAACGUUCAUAACUAA